AUGGACAAUACCGCGUUCGAUGAACAGGCCUUUGACCGACAUCCAAAAACCAAUCAGCGUUGUGAUAAGAAGAAAAUUGCCGAGCUUGAAAACUUUCGAGAGGCAUUGCAAGAUUUGAAACAAAAGCUCAUUGGUAUAGACAGGGAUUUGUUGAGAAGAGAUCGACAUCAGGCUCGAGCCAUGUUUCUCCGUCUGGACCGGGAUUUCCGUUUAGAUGUAACGGAACCGCUGAAGACAGCCCUGCUGGACAAAGUUUUGCCAGCAUGUUCACGUAUUAUCCUUGCCGUAGAGGACAUACUAGAGGACGGCAACGCCGUGGUUCGAACGCUUGCCUCUAAAGCUGUCGAGGAAGACUCCGAUGAAUGCAAAAUUUCGGAGGCAGCGGACGGAAUGAAUUGA